AUGGAUACACAAGAAGAGAUAACACGAUAUGCUAAUAUCUCACAAAUGGAUGAUGAUUUUCUGGCACCAUUUUUAAGUGGGUCUCAAAAUACUUCAAUGCAUGGCCAAGAGUCUUGUCCGGAAGUUGAAAUUGUCACCCCUAAUCCAACAAAACGUGGUGGCAACUUCAGUGUAGAUGAGGACAACCUCCUCGUCUCUGCAUGGCUUAACACUAGCGUGGAUGCCGUGCAAGGUACUAACCAAAGGGUUGAAAAAUUUUGGGAGAAAAUUUGGCAAUACUUUUGCGAGAACAAUACUUAUGGGACCACACAUUCUGCUUCCUCCCUCCAAUGUCGAUGGGGAAAUAUUAAUAGGAAGACAAGUAGGUUUGCUGGGUUCAUGGCUAAAAUUGAAGCCCAAAAUCCAAGUGGUGAGACUUAUGAGGACAAGUUGAAAGAUGAAAAUGAUCUAUAUAAAGUUUCACCAGCUCCAACAACCGGCAAAAAAUCAGCUUUUGCAUUUGAACAUUGUUGGGUUGUGUUGAAGAACCAACCAAAGUGGAGUAUGCCUAAGGAAAGAUCAAAAGGGCUCUCUCAAACUCCAAGUUCAAUUGAUCAAGUUUGUAGUAAUGAUGAUGACACAAUGGAGGUAGAGAGACCAAUUGGCAGAAAAGCCGAAAAGGCUAAGCGAAAGGGAACAAAUGGUGAUAAGGGUUUUGAGGAUUAUUUGGCGAAAAAAAUGCAAUAUAUGCAAGAAUCACAUGAACAAGACAAUGAGGCUCUUCGCAUCAAAGCGGAUAGGGUUCGAGUGGAUGCGCAAAGAGCUGAUAUUGAAAAGGAAAGGCUUCGUCUUGAAACUAGUAGAGAGACGCAUAGAGUUGAUAUUGAAAAUGAAAAGCUUUGUCUUGAAACUAUUAGGGAGGAGGGAAGAAUAAUGACCUUGGAUACAAGUGGCAUGAAUGACAAAGAAAGACUUUAUUUUGAAAAUCUCAAGGAUCAAAUCCUUGCAAGACAACAAUUAGAGUAA